AUGCAAAAGGCUACUGAUCGUGAAUCUCGAGUUAAUCUACCAACUGGCUUUGGGACGUCUGGAGGGGUCGGAGGUGGUUUGGUUGAAGCAUCGAUUACAUCACCUGCCCGAGAUACUUCGCCAACCAGCUCGUCCGCCUCUUCGAGGUCCUGUUCUGCAUCUUCGGUCGCAUCUUCCUCCUAUUCCUCUUCUGCAUUUCAAUCUUCGAAAUCUUCUAUUGGCUCUUAUUCUUCUUCUUCUUCUUCUUCUUCUUCAUCUUUACUCAUUUCAUCAGCUCCACCACAUGCACUCUCAGCACCACCCUCCCUUCCGGCUCAGUUCUCGUCAUCGGUCUUUGUGUAUACUCCCGUCCCCUCCCUUCUUGCCCGAUCUCCCUCUGCAAUGCAUGGCGUCUCCACCGGCUGUACUAACCAGUCACUUCUACGAUCAACCAUCCACAACCUCAAAGAACCCUCUUCUUUCGUGGGGUGUGAGUUUGGCCAUGAAAUGGAUGAGUGGCAUCAACACGAGGUCACCAGUUAUGACAGCAGCAAGCUGAGGAAAGACCGACGGCGAAGGUUUCGGGGAAGCGAGGAAGCCGAAUUUUCUCAUACUCACGACAUACAGGAAGUUGGUAGGCUAAAUAAUAGUAUAUACGUGUUGUGUUUACCCUAUUUCGUUUAA